UUACUUGAAAAAAAUUGAACGAUCCCUCUUCUCUCCCAUUCGUUUUCUUCAGCUUUCUCUCCCAUUAGCUUUUCUUAACAAAGAGAAAUACAGAUAGGAACCAAACCAUUGCCAGCAGAAUGUCAUCUUCUUAUCAUCUUCUCCAGUCCUCUCAAAUAAAGGAAAAGGAAAAGAAAAGAGAAGAGAGAAAAGGAGAGGCAUAGCUUCUUCCAUGUAUUCGAAGGUUCCUUCUGGGAAAAUGUUUGAUUCCUUAAUCCCAUACUCACACCCAGCUCCUCCGAUUCCCAUUGCGUUCUCUUCCUUUUCAAAAAAUCCUCUUUUUUCCCAAGCGCUUAAAUCUUGUCCUCUUUGCUUCAAGUAUAUCAAAACUCAAUCUUCUUGAAGACAUUCUGAAAAAAAUAUGGUCCCUUUCAUUGUUGUGGCACUUUUCUCUCUUCUUGGUACAUCUACCGCUUCUUCCUUAGCUAGUGAUUUCCAAGUCUUAGUCACACUUAAAAAAGGAUUCGAGUUCUCUGACUCCGUUCUGAGUGCUUGGAAUUCUUCGAAUCCUAACUCAGUUUGUUCUUGGGCUGAAAUUCAAUGCUCAAGGGGACGUGUUAUUUCAUUAGACUUGACAGAUAUGAAUCUGUAUGGCUCUGUGUCAUCUCUGAUUUGGAAACUUGACCGACUUACCAACCUCUCUCUUGCUGGAAAUAACUUCACAGGUACCAUUGAGAUUGCAAAUUUGGACAGUCUUCGUUGGCUAAAUAUCUCAAACAAUCGGUUUAAUGGCGGCUUGGAUUGGAACUACUCGAGCAUUGCCAACUUGGAAGUGUUUGAUGCUUAUAACAACAACUUCACUGCCUUUCUUCCACUUGGGAUUUUGAGCUUGAAGGACCUCCAGCACUUGGAUCUUGGAGGCAAUUUUUUCUUUGGCAGAAUCCCAAAAAGCUAUGGAAAUCUUGCAGGCUUGGAGUAUCUUUCGCUUGCUGGCAACGAUCUUCACGGAGAAAUCCCAGGCGAGUUGGGCAAUCUCACUAACUUGAGAGAGAUGUACUUGGGCUAUUUCAAUGUAUUUGAAGGUGGGAUCCCAGUGGAGUUUGGUAACUUGGCGAAUCUGGUUCACAUGGAUUUUUCUAGCUGUGAAUUGGACGGGCCAAUUCCAAGCGAGCUGGGGAAUUUGAAGGCGCUCGACACUCUCUACUUGCAUAGCAAUCUGCUUUCGGGUUCAAUUCCAAAGCAGUUAGGCAACUUGACAAACCUGGUGAACCUAGAUCUUUCCAACAAUGCACUGACAGGUGAAAUCCCGCCGGAGUUUGUCAAUCUUAAACAGCUCAAGCUUUUUAAUCUGUUCAUGAACAGACUACAUGGGUCUAUACCGGAGUACGUCGCCGACUUUCCAAAUUUGGAAACUCUUGAGCUGUGGAUGAACAACUUCACCAGUGUGAUUCCCGAGAAUCUCGGCCAAAAUGGAAAGCUUCAAGUGCUCGAUUUGUCCACAAACAAGCUCACCGGUACAAUCCCUCGGAACUUGUGUUUUUCAAAUCAACUCAGAAUACUAAUUCUCUUAAAAAACUUCCUCUUUGGGCCGAUUCCUGAAGGACUGGGGACAUGUUCAAGCCUCACGCGAGUGAGACUGAGCAACAAUUACUUGAAUGGUAGCAUUCCGAAUGGGUUCCUAUACUUGCCUCAGCUAAAUUUUGUGGAAUUGCAAAACAACUACCUAUCAGGAACCUUUGCAGAGAACGCUAAUAGUUCCUCAAAGCCGGCUAAAUUAGGCCAACUUAAUUUGUCAAACAAUCUCCUGUCUGGUCCUUUACCCUAUUCAUUUUCAAAUUUCUCUUCCAUCCAAAUCCUCUCACUUAGUGGAAACCAAUUCUCUGGUCCAAUCCCAUCUUCUGUAGGACUCCUUCAGGUAGUAAAACUGGACUUGAGUCGAAAUUCACUCUCCGCUUCAAUCCCACCCGAAAUUGGAAAUUGUUACCAUUUGACAUUCCUCGACCUGAGUCAGAACAACCUCUCUGGCUCACUCCCACCAGAGAUUUCCAACAUCCGUAUACUGAGUUACCUAAACCUGUCCAGAAACCACUUGAACCAAACAAUACCCAGAUCAAUCGGAGCAAUGAAAAGCCUCACAAACGCCGAUUUCUCCUUCAAUGAUUUCUCCGGUAAAUUACCGGAAUUUGGCCAAUUCACCUGCUUUAACGCUUCCUCUUUCGCGGGUAAUUCUCAACUUUGCGGUUCCCUACUAAACAAUCCUUGCAACUUCACUGCAAUCACAAACACACCCAGUAAAGCCUCUGCAGAUUUCAAGCUGGUAUUCGCUCUUGGCCUUUUGAUAUGCUCUCUAGUAUUCGCUGCUGCUGCCAUGAUCAAGGCCAAGUCAUGGAAGAGAAAUGGUCCGGAUUCAUGGAAGUUGACCGCAUUCCAAAAGGUCGAAUUCAAGGUAUCUGACAUCCUCCAAUGCGUGAAAGAUGGCAAUGUGAUUGGAAGAGGCGGAGCUGGGAUUGUUUACCACGGAAAAAUGCCCAAUGGGGUCGAGAUCGCGGUCAAAAAGCUUCUUGGGUUUGGCUCAAACAGCCAUGACCAUGGCUUUCGAGCUGAAAUUCAAACGCUAGGAAACAUUAGGCAUCGAAACAUUGUGAGACUGUUGGCAUUCUGUUCCAACAAGGAGACUAAUCUCCUCGUUUACGAGUACAUGAGAAACGGGAGCUUGGGCGAGGCACUGCACGGCAAAAAAGGCGCAUUCUUGGGUUGGAAUUUGAGGUAUAAAGUGGCAAUUGAAGCAGCCAAAGGCCUAUCCUAUCUUCACCAUGAUUGUUCACCACUGAUUGUUCACCGGGAUGUGAAAUCCAAUAACAUUUUGUUGGAUUCGACCUUUGAAGCACACGUCGCCGAUUUCGGGCUCGCCAAGUACUUGAUCGACGGCGGCGCGUCGGAAUGCAUGUCAGCAAUUGCAGGGUCUUACGGCUACAUUGCGCCUGAAUAUGCAUACACAUUGAGGGUUGAUGAGAAGAGCGAUGUAUAUAGUUUUGGGGUUGUUCUCCUGGAGCUCCUCACAGGGCAUCGGCCAGUGGGAGAUUUCGGCGAAGGAGUGGAUAUUGUACAAUGGACCAAAAGGGUAACAAGGUGUCGAAAGGAAGAGGCCAUGGGCAUUGUUGAUCCCAAGUUAAAAAUGUUGGCCAAAGACGAAGUAAUGCACUUGUUCUUUGUUGCAAUGCUAUGUACCCAAGAAAAUAGCAUUGAACGUCCCACCAUGAGAGAGGUGGUACAAAUGCUAUCAGAUCAUGAGUUCCCUCGUCACUCAUUGGACUACCAAUCUUCAUCGUCUUCCAUUGAUGUUCCUGAUCAACAAACAAAGAAACAAGACACAGACAAAGAUUGCCCUAAGUAGUUCAAGCAAGAUCUUUGAUUUUUUUUUGUUUUUUGUUUUUAAUUCUAAAGUUCAAGUGGUGUCUUGAAUUGGGAUUUUAUUCUCUGUACGUAUUAUAUUAUUAUUAUUAUAGUUGUAUGAAUUUUA